AUGGAUCAUGGUGCAAUGUUGAAGAAAGAGUUAGAAUUAAAACUCAGGGAAACGCCGAACAUCAGUGAAGACCUUAAACAAGUGCAUGCGCAAGAAAUAUCUGAGUUGACAGAUGUAAACGAUCAAGAUGAGCAUACUUUCAAAUCAAUCAAAAGCAAUGAUCCUGUUGGUGAAUGCCCUGAUAUUGACAGCUUUGUCAAUUCAAAUGAACGUAAGGAAGGCGAAGGCAUCUCAGAAUCUGCUGAAAACGAAUUGAAUCGAAAUAUUUCUAUUGAUACGAAAGAAAACACGUUUGACCCUGGGACAGUUGUUGAUCUUAAUCUCAGCAUUAGCGAAAAAAGGCGUUUACUUAAAAUGAAUCCAUGCCAACCAUCCCAGUUUGUUUUGAAACAAAGGAGGAUAGUACAAGGAGAUCGCUCUCGCUAUUGCUCUCAGCAGGUUUUUUUCCACGAUGAUGGAACAAGACGAAACUGGAUUUCCUAUUCACUAAGUAAAGACAGCUUGUUUUGCAUACCGUGCAUUCUGUUUACAGAUGUAACGUCUAGGGGAGAAAAUAUUCGGUCAAAUCAAGGAAAAGCUUUUGCAAACAUUGGUUUCUCCAAAUGGAAAAAGCAGUAUAUUAGAAUUCUGGAGCAUGAAAAGUGCAAUUCUCAUCUAAACGCAAAAGUUGCAGAAGCUCUUUUCCUUCAAGAAAACUCAAUAUCGGAUCAGUUUCAUCACCAGGGGAAAAUCGAGUCUGAAAGACGUAAAAAGGAAGUGAUUUUAAACAAUAAAGUUUUGAAACGUGUGAUAGAUGUUAUUAUGUUUCUUGGAAGACAAGGGCUUUCCUUUAGGGGUCACUGUGAAUCACUGACAAAUUUCUAUGUUAAUACAGGAAACUUUUUGGAAACGCUUAAAUUAUUGUCAGAGUACGAUCAACCAAUCAAUGAGCAUCUUGAGAAAGUUCGUGAUCACCAAGUGAAGCAAUCGACAAAGGAUGGUGGUAAAACUGAUGAAAAAGGAAUCAAAGGACGUGGCUCAUGGCUAACGUUUUUGAGCAAUGAUAUUCAAAAUAAGUUAAUCAAUAUCAUUGGUAAAGAAAUAUCUUCUGUAAUUGUACAAAAAAUACGCAACUGCAAAGCAUGGGCAUUGAUUGCUGAUACAACACCCGAUAUAACUCAUACAGAGCAAUUGAGUAUAUGCGUAAGGCUUGUUAAUGAAACUGGCGAGUGUUCUGAACACGUUUUGUCAUGCCAAAAAGCAAUUGGAACAACUGCACAUGACCUAUACACUGCUAUUACAACAAUAUUACAAUUGCAUGGAGUUUCAUUUGAAAAACUUGUUGCCCAAACGUAUGACGGAGCAUCCACUAUGAGCGGAUGUUAUAAUGGUUUGCAGGCAAUUAUAAAAGAAAACAUCGGAAACCACAUCAUCUUUGUUCACUGCUAUGCGCAUACGCUAAAUCUCGUCUUGUCCGAUUCAGCUUGUGUUGCUAUUGAUGUCAUUACUCUUUUUGACUCUCUCGAAAAACUGCACGCUCUUAUUAAUAAUUCUCAUAAAGUACACGAAUUGUUUCAAUUGGUUCAAAAGAAUGAAAACCUCAAAAUUUUUUCAAUUAAACGUCUUAAUACAGUUCGAUGGAAUGCAAGAGAAUUUUGUCUAAACGUAUUUCUUUUGAGGUUCGAGUGCAUCAUGCGAGUGCUCCAAAAAGUGGCUGAGGAAAGAUCGUUCACUGAAAGUCAGCGAGCAACAGCAAAUGGAUUGCAAGCAGCUUUUCAGACAAAGCAAUUUGUUGCGACUGCCUGUCUUUUCCAAGAAAUUUUUGGAAUUACUGGACCUUUAAGUCGAUAUCUACAGAGCGUAAAUGCUGACUUUGGAAAAGCAAUGGAUAUGGUUGAUAGCUCAAUUUCUAGAAUUCAAAUCAUACGUGACAAACCAGAAAAAAUCAUUGAAAUGUCCGAUUCUUUUGCGUUAGAUGUCGAAUGGAGGUCUACACGACCUCGUCGUCGACGACCAAUGGACGGAGAACAAGCCAGAGAUGAUUUGGCAGAUUCACCAAAAGCACAAUGGAGGCGAGACAUUUUAUAA